AUGUCCCGGAAGUCGCAUCCGGAGACCCAUUGUUGGAUCAAGAAAGCAAAUCAUAUAUGGAGUGGCAAUGAAGCACAAGGCGCUGUCCUACCAGUCGAGACCAUCGUUCCACCCUUCCUCUCUACGAGCGACCUAGGGAAGAACCUCCUACUCUUGGGGUUACCAAACGAGCAGUUCGUAACACAGAGCAUAUUGGCCGAUAUGGACUACUGGCUCUGA